AUUUUAUCACGCAGGUGUCAGAAGAAGAUGAAUCUGGCAGAGAUUUGUGAGAACGCAAAGAAAGGGCGAGAGUACGCGCUUCUGGGAAAUUAUGACUCAUCCAUGGUGUAUUACCAGGGCGUGAUCCAGCAGAUUCAGAGACACUGCCAGUCACUGCGCGACCCGACCCUCAGAGGAAAGUGGCACCAGGUACGGCAGGAACUCUUGGAAGAAUACGAACAAGUUAAGAGCAUCGUCAGCACUUUAGAAAGCUUUAAAAUCGACAAGCCCCCCGACUUCCCUGUGUCUUGCCGAGAUGAACCGUUUAGAGACCCAGCAGUUUGGCCACCCCCUGUCCCUGCAGAACACAGAGCUCCUCCUCAAAUCAGGCGUCCCAGUCGUGAAGUAAGGCCUCUGAGGAAAGACGUGGGCGCGGGAGCCCGAGGACUCGUGGGCCGAGCGCACCCCAUAUCCAAGAGUGACAAGCCUGCAAGUCGGGACAAGGACUGCCGAGCCAGAGGCAGAGAUGACAAGGCAAGGAAAAAUAUGCAGGACGGUGCAAGUGAUGGCGAAAUCCCCAAGUUUGAUGGUGCUGGGUACGAUAAAGAUCUGGUGGAAGCCCUGGAGCGGGACAUUGUGUCCAGGAACCCUAGCAUUCACUGGGACGACAUAGCCGAUCUGGAGGAGGCUAAGAAGCUGCUCCGGGAAGCUGUUGUCCUUCCCAUGUGGAUGCCGGACUUCUUCAAGGGCAUCCGAAGGCCCUGGAAGGGUGUGCUGAUGGUCGGACCCCCCGGGACGGGUAAGACUAUGCUGGCUAAAGCUGUCGCCACCGAGUGUGGCACAACCUUCUUCAAUGUGUCCUCGUCCACCCUGACAUCCAAGUACCGAGGCGAGUCUGAGAAGUUGGUCCGUCUCUUGUUUGAAAUGGCCAGGUUCUAUGCCCCCACCACCAUCUUCAUUGACGAGAUAGACUCUAUCUGCAGUCGGAGAGGGACGUCGGACGAACAUGAAGCGAGUCGCAGGGUCAAGGCCGAGCUCCUCAUCCAGAUGGACGGGGUUGGAGGAGCCUUAGAAAACGAUGAUCCAUCAAAGAUGGUGAUGGUGCUGGCUGCCACUAACUUCCCAUGGGACAUCGAUGAAGCCUUGAGGAGGAGACUGGAAAAGCGGAUCUACAUCCCCCUCCCGACAGCAAAAGGAAGAGAGGAGCUCCUGAAGAUCAGCCUUCGGGACGUGGAGCUGGACCCCGACGUCCACCUGGAGGACAUCGCCGACAAAACUGAGGGCUACUCGGGCGCUGACAUAACUAACAUCUGCAGGGAUGCUUCUCUGAUGGCCAUGAGGCGGCGUAUCAAUGGCUUGGGUCCAGAAGAGAUCCGGGCCCUGUCCAAGGAGGAGCUGCAGAUGCCUGUCACCAGAGGGGACUUCGAGUUGGCACUUAAGAAAAUUGCCAAGUCCGUCUCUGCUGCAGACCUGGAAAAGUACGAAAAGUGGAUGGUCGAGUUCGGAUCUGCCUGAUCUGUCACCUCUUCCGGCUCUGGUAUUUUUCUUUAUAAAAUGUGAAGACAUUCCUGAAAUUAAAAAAAAAUCUGGAAUUUUUUAAUUUAAAACUUUUUUUUUUUUUCGAGACGGGGUUUCUUUGUGUGGCAGCCCUGGCUGAAGGGUCGUGCUGUGCUGAGCUGGGGCUUCAUUUACAGAGCACUGGCAAUGUUUUCUGUUCUCACUUGCAUCGUGGGUUGCUUGGAAUUGUUCUUUUGAGAAGAAUGACACUACGUUCUGCAGCAAAUUAUGAAUUUUAAAUCUGUAGAAUUUAAGAGUUACUCUUACAAUCUAAUAUGUAGUUAGAAUUUUCACUCCUCUUAUUUUGUGCCUCUCGUACCCGGGCCACUGGCUUGUGUAUUCUGUGGCAUGAGUUUGAGGUUUGUUAGCCCAAAGCCAGCAGACUCUAUAAGCGGCUCUUAUUUCUCAGCUAUGUUUCUCUGUAGCUCUAGACAUUUUUAUUGUGUUUUGGCCUGUAAGUGAAAAUUACUCUGACUAAAUAUUACUGAUUUGGCCG